AUGAAACAAGCAAAAUCCUCAGCGAAGCCAUCAAAGAAAGAAAUGCCAAUUGAUAUUCUAACUUCGCUGGGGUAUAUCAAAGAAAAGAUUCCUCGUGCUGCUUCUGUUCCAUUAAAUAGGUGGGCUUUGGAAUUGUUUUUUGAAUUCCAAAGGUCAGACUCUGUAAACGUAGUAUAUACGGCAGAUCAUUUAGAACAUGGAUUUGUUGUAAUAGCAAAUGGAUCUAAGAUUCCAGGACUUGAAGAUCUUUCUAAAAUUCUCGAUCAAUGUUUCAUCUUUGUUUUCACAGACAUUCUUGUUAGCGAUGGAAAGAAGCGCGCAAAUGAAUUCAUUUCACGUCAAAUGAAAUUUACAAGUCCAAAAAUUAGUGAAGAACUUGUACCAUUAUUGAUGGAAGUCGAGCCUCAAAACAUCGAUUCCAUUCCUGAAAUACUAGAAUACAACUUAAUGCCUACGCCUAAAGACCUCCAACCCGAGUUUUACACAAAUCUUAAUAAAUUUGCAAAUGAAUGCAAAGUCUCUGGCGCAAUUUUCCUUCUUCGCCGCUAUUUCCACGAUAGAAUGCCUCGCCCGUCUGUUUUGCAUCAAACAAACUCAGGAUACAAUCGUCCAUUAGAUGUUAUUUUCAGAUCAGACAAAAGGAAGCCAUUUUUUGAUGAACUGAAAGAAGAAGUUCAAUACAAUCAGAACCAGAUCCAAACAAAGAAGGUUACAGCUAACAAACAGCUUCUUCCAACGUUAACUUCUUUAACAGUUCCAGAAUUCGCCCAAAUGUGUGCAACUAAUGCAUAUUCAGGGCUAUCAGCGUUUUCUGUUGAUCAACAGCUUUAUCUCUUUAAGAAUGGACAAGAUGCAAAGGUUAUUUAUACAAUGGAUGAUGAAAUUACUUCAAUUUCAUUUUCAACAUACGGAAACUUUAUACUAGCAGGAGAUAAUGUUGGAAAUAUUGUAGUAAUUAACACAGAUACCUUAGAAUCCCAAAAAUUCAAGCAAUUAAAUUCGAUGAUAUCAACCAGUUGUUUUACUCCAAAAUUAGAUACACAGUUUGCUGUUGGAACAUUAUCUGGACUUGUUGUUGUGUUUUCUACUUCUCAAUUCAAUCCAUUAAGAGUUUUUACUUUGCAUCAAGCUGGAAUUGCAUUUGUAAACAUUCACCCUAAUGGAGAAUACGUUGCUAGUGGCUCUAGAGAUGGAAUCAUCCGUCUUUGGUCGCUCACUCUCAGUGCAUGCGUUAGAGUAUUUUCAAUUGAUAAGAAAAUUCCUAUUUCUUCUAGAUUUAGCCAUAGUGGUGAACUCCUGAUGGUUGUUUGCUCAAAAGGAGUGGUUUUGAUCUUAGAUCUUGGAACAAAUCAGAUAAUUAGUCAAUUAACGAUAGAAGCACGUUUAGUUGAUGCUGAUUUCUCCGAAAAGGAUACAUAUAUAGCCAUUGCUGAUAAUUCUGGAGGAUUUUCGUUCUGGGAUUCUUCAAAUUUAGCUGGCGAUCCAUUGAUUUCCCUAACAACAGAGGGGAUUAGUACAUUCUCUGUUAAUUUUGUUGGUAUGAAUGAAAUUAGAUUAUUUGGAAUGCAAAAAUCGCAAUAA